UUUUUUGUAAAAAUCAGGAAGGCGUCAGUUACCUCUACUUUUUGAAGUAUCUAUAUGGUGAGAGGACUACUUUUUUAAUACAACAGGCGGUGAUCAUUACAUCCAAGCAUCAUCUAGAUCUACGAUAAUUUCACUUUUAGCUAUCAACAUACUUACUAGCUUAGAAUUAGAAACAACAAAAAAUGAAGGCUGCUCCCGAAAAAAAGGCCGUUCGCGGCUAUGCGCCUCCACCAGAGGUAAACAACAGUCUAGACAACAAGUACUACGCACAAGUGUACCAUGGACAACGCGUGGUGUCCAACUGCGACCAUUCAUUGGGCGAACGCAGGGACCCACCCACCUAUGCAAUGGCAGAACGUGGACCCAGAUUAUUCUCGAAACCACUGUAUUUGAUUUUUCGUCCUGCAGUACUAGAAGUGGAUUUACUAUGAAUUCAGUUUUCCAGAAUUCGGACUUCUCUUGUACUAGAAGUCUUCAGGGGUGGCAGAGAUUUUGGUUCAUGUUGACUCGUGAUGGAAUCAAUAUGUUGGUGGAAUUACAUGGCUGUAUCCGCCACCGCGCAAAGUUUUUAAAUGCAACUAGGUACGAGGAAAACUUUUUUAGUGCUUGUCUUAGAAGAUAGUGUUCUUUUUUCACAUUUUUUUCAACUCCAACGAAUCACUAACUUCAACUGAAACCACAGUGUCCCCACAUCCGACCCUAUGUGGCCUAAGAACUUCGACGCAUCUGGCGCACCGGCAGCUCAUUUGUACAAAGAGGAUGUCGUUUCGGACACGAUUUUAGACAAGUACUCAACAUUCGAGGAGUGGAAGAACACCCGAAACUUCGAGGAUUAUUAUCCUGGACUCUUUAAGGCGCCGCAUAAGGUACUACUUCUGAGUACUGUCGUGUAGUGAUGAGACUAGACUGAUGUCCUUUCUACACUCUUACUCCACCGAAAUACUGAUCUUAGAAAGUCCUAGGUUCAUCUUAUUAAUAUGGAUUUAUUAAACAUCACCAGCUGAUCCGGGUGCAAGAAGAUGCUCAAAAUAGGAAACCACUAGCUACAUCACCGUAGAAGUCUCUCCGACCCCACUCAAAAGGCCACCUUCAGGCCCCACCCCCGUUCAAAACUCCCAUUCUUCAAAAAUCCCAUUCUUGAAAACUCGGAUUCAAACCACCAGGUCUACCCAGGCAGACAGUUUGGUACAGCAGCAGGAAGUUUUGAUUGGUGGAGAUCAAAGCCAGAAUUUGACUGGUGGAACGUGAGUAAUCAGCAACGCCAGACCUUCUUUCGCAAUGAGGCUCAUAACGAAAUGGGCGACCCUGUGGGACCGAGUAUUUUUUAGUAUGGAACCAAAAUCUCUUAUCAUUAUCGUACUUUUCUACUUAAGAAACUUGAUAAUGAUAACAGAUUUUCGUUUCAUAUUUAGAGUUCGAUUUAUUGUUCUAGUAAGUUGGUUAGUUCAACAGCUUGCUUGAUUGUUCUUCAUGAAGUGUUUGUAAUAAACUGGAGCUGAUCUUCUAGUUCUUUAGUUACCACCUUUUGAUUCUCUUGACGCUUUCAAACGGAUGCACAUCGACCUCCGGGUAACGAUAGUUCAUUCUUUUAUCCUCGUCAUACAACGACCUCCGUAUCCCUACACUCCUCAGGAAUCCCGCCUUCGCGCGAGGUUUGCCGCGUUCCACCAACCGAUGGCCCAGAGUGGUCCGCUCGUAGGCGUGCUUGCUCUGAAGAUCGCCAAAGCAAGGUCGCCAUCUAUGCGACACCUGCCGUUUCGCAGGGCUACUGGCCCUUAGUUCGCAAGUACUGUGCGCCGAUCCCGCGCUACCCACUUGAAAAGAACGCCAACGAUCAAUUGGUGCCAAGAUUCGGACGCUUCGAUAGUACUUAAGACUCGCCGUAAUUCAUCUUAAGAAGCAUCUUCUAUGCCCUCCUUCUCUUUAAGGGAAAGAAAACGUACGAAGGAAUAAAGAUGCUUUCCAAGAAGAUGAAUACAUGUAACAAGGUCUAAACUACGCCAGCAAGUAUGCGAGGUCAAGUCGCGGAUGGGUUCUGCAGAACUGGGUCCGUAGGGUCAGCGAAUAAAUCUGCCAGGUCAUCAACCGCAACGCCAAGGUCCGGAGGCGCAUCAGCGCGGUCAGGCUCCUCACUAGGAGGUAUGUACAAAUCGACAAGCGCUAGGUCGCUGAACAACUAGGAGAGCCGGGGAGCAGUAGGCUACCAGUGCUAGGUCCUCGUUGAACAACCAGGGCUAGGUCGUUUAGGGGAUUUUUAGGCCAUGAAACCUAACUAGUAAGGCCAAGGAUGAAUAACAUAAACUAGGAGUACGUAGAAACUUAGCUUCAAAAUUAAACAGAGAAUUGCUACGAAGUAAUCAAUGAUCAUACACACUUGUAUUUUGUUUGGAAUUUUCGUAACGAAGAAAGAUGAGAGAUUCGCAUGUUGUACCUAAGUAAUGAACAGAUUAAGUAGAUUUCUCAACACCGAUAACAGUGACACGAAAAUAGAAUGCUAAAAAGAUAGAACGACUGAUCGUAUUUCAAAACUCAACAAAGUCAUUCUGCUACAAACUCACCUCUACAAAACGGAAGAUGAAACAUACUGAAGACAUGCGAGGACCUCUAUGCUGGAAGUCGCUGUAUUACAACUCUAGUACCGCUAGCAUCAAAAUCCUGUACUAUAAUAUUCUUUCUUUGGCUGCACAAUUAACAUAUUCUACUUGAUUCGGGCUGCUAUUUGAAUGAUGAAAAAUUUCGUGGGAAAGAAUUUGGCAUGGCUAAAAUGUUGUACAUACAUUGUUAUUGUAGGUGACACUUUUGCAGUAAAAGUUUGGAUAUUAGUACCAGUUGCAGUGGAGAGUCGUACAACAAGGUCCGAUGCGCGGAUAUGCAUAGACCUGUGUAUAAUUGUUUAGAAGGGCGGUGGCAUAUAGUCCUAACUCAAAAAAGAACAUGUAGACUACGCCAGGGGAUACAGGACUAGCGGACUGAAACUGAAGGGUAAGGAAUAUGGAUAGUAUGGAUAGAAUGAAAGAUUAACAAGAUCAUGUUUUUAUAACCACAGAUAGCGAUGAUAAUAUCGAUAUUAAGCGUUGUGUGUAGUUUCUGAGAAUCAGAAGAAACAAAUAAGAGAU